UUCCAGUCAGCCGAUCAGCCAAAAGAACGUUGGGCCAUCAUGGGUAUGGCAUUCUCGCGCGUGUUUGAACGCCUCUUUGGCAAGAAAGAGAUGCGUAUUCUCAUGGUCGGACUCGAUGCCGCCGGUAAAACCACCAUCCUGUACAAACUCAAGUUGGGCGAAGUCGUGACGACCAUCCCCACGAUUGGGUUCAACGUCGAGACGGUCGAGUACAAGAACAUCAGCUUCACAGUGUGGGACGUCGGUGGACAAGACAAGAUUCGUCCGUUGUGGCGCCACUAUUACCAAAACACACAAGGCCUGAUCUUCGUGGUCGACUCGAACGACAGAGAUCGUGUCGACGCGGCUCGUGACGAAUUGCACCGCAUGUUGAACGAAGACGAACUCCGAGACUCGAUCUUGCUCGUGUUUGCCAACAAGCAAGAUUUGCCCAACGCCAUGAGUGCUGCGGAAAUGACCGACAAGUUGGGCUUGCACGGUCUUCGCCACCGCCAAUGGUUUAUCCAAGCGUGCUGUGCCACGACCGGUGACGGGUUGUACGAAGGUUUGGACUGGCUCUCGGCCACCCUCCAAAAGCGAAAGUAAAUGUAGGCAGCACUGUGCCGAAGCAGCGAUUCCUCUCGUGGCGCUGCUUCCCAGCUUAGUUUUGCAUUCAUUUAUAUUUUAAGUUUGCAUGCAAUGUGGACGAUGAUCUAAUAUACCGCCUCCUACUGCUUGUAAAGACGAGUGAUUCCUCG